AUGCAAGGUCGAUUCGCCAGUACAUGCCUAGAUCUCACCGACGACGUCCAUAAGUGCAAGACUGAUGAAAACGGAACCAUGCUCCUGUGGAGCUGCAGCAUUAGUGAUGAAGACGGGGAAGCCCUAGGAUUAUGUUUGGACUAUGCGGGGCGGAGCAGCAUAUUAGACCUGAAACUGUCCUCCAACGAGCUCACCGUCCUGCCGGACGAUAUUUUCCAGGAUCUCACUGCCCUUCAAGAGCUGAAGCUAUAUAACAACAGCCUCAUCACCCUGCCGGAGUUUGUAUUCAAGGAUCUCACGGCCCUGGAAAAUCUACGGGGUUCUGGUGCAGACCAGAACAGCUCUACGCAGGAUAAGACGCCGCAGGCCCGACACGGCCACCCUUGCAAGGGAGGAUGUGGCGGGCGGCUCCACGGCAAUUGCGGCAGCAUGUUUGGCGACAACGAACAGCACCGCAUCUGCAGUGCGUGCGUCGCCAAGGACGGCAAGCACAAGGCGCCAGCAGCUGACACCGGUGGAAGGGAACAAUCUAAACGCCCGGUCACGAAUGGGGGGAGUAAGAAGUCUCAGCCUUCUCGUAAGGGGCCUCGUGCGCGGCCGGAUUUGGAUGCCAAGCUUGAGAUGCUGAGGCUCAUGGAUGCCAAGGUCACUCGUGAGCAGAUAGCGGACCGCUUCGCGUGCUCGGUACGGCUGGUCCGGGAUGUGAAGAAAAACCGGCAGAAGUAUGAGGCCGAGGCUGCUGCAGGAGGAGAAUGCAUUACAUUUUCUGCGUCACCUGGGACCAGGUGCUUUGUCAAAGCCAACACGCUUCCGGAGGAGAUGGCGGCUGAGCUCACCAAUCAACAUGGAAAGGCCCGGUUCCAGACCGCCAAGCCUGACUCGAAGGCUCUCACGGAGACUGUCAACAAGUUGAGCACGAGUGUGCACGAGGCGCAGCAGCAGGGAUCCCGAAUCGAAGACAAGGACAUCGCCGAACUACUGGAUACGGUGGACGACAUGACGGCACAGCUGAAUGGGGUGCACGUGUCUGCCGGCCGCGAGGAGGAGGACGAACAGGAGGACAGGGGCGAUGGGGACACGGGGCGUGUGCGCCGUGCCCCACCGGCGUAUGGUGAACUGUCGUCUUACUUCGGCGUCCUGAAAGCGGCAGCAGAGGAGAGUGGCAACGGAGAAGCGGCGCUCCAUCUAGCGAAAGCGAAGAUGACUAUGAUAGUAGCGCAUUCCGCUACGCGGGUGCGCCAGGCGGACAUGAGAGAAUUUGUCGCGACGUAGCGAGGAUGCGGGUACAGCUGUAGCAGUGGUUGUUUUCUUGCGGUGCGCUGCCUGUUUUUUUUUUGUAUUUUUUUGGUUGCAACAUCGAAGGGGGUGCGCCAGGCAGACACGAGAGAAUUUGUCGCGACGCAGCAAGGGCGGGGGUUACAGCUGUAGUUGUGUGCUUUUUUUGGUUUUUGUUUGUUGCGCUUAUAAAUUGUUUUGUUUCUUGAUUUUCAUUUUUCAACAUCGAAGGAGGGCAACAAAGGGUGAAAUUUAGCUUUGAACGAACGAGAGCUUUUCAAACAGUUUGUGCCGGUCACAGCCUACUCGGGUGCAUGAUGUGUGUUUCCCUUUCGCCGUCGACUAGUCUUGGUGAGGCACUGCUGUAGCCCGAAAUGCAACGAUCUUAUUUUACAAAACUCUUGUGGGCUCGACAGGGCGAAACCGCACGUGUCGCGGGAAAGAAAGUCUGCUCAGGCCUACACUAGAACUUCACAUAACAGCAGUGUCGAUCCAUUUCGUACUA